UUCGAUUUGAAAUAAUAUAGCGACAUUUUUGGAAGUCAAAAAGUCAUCUUGUGGUCAUGUUUGUCCUGUAUUGAUCACUGGAAGAGGGCGGGGGGCAUGGAAGUGGGUGUGGGGGGGGGGCUCCAAAGUUGAACUGCAAGCUUGGAGCAAAAGGAGGUUCCGACAGUGUACGAGAGGAGUUCUGGUGUUAAAUCUAAACAGGCCCGCAUCACGCCCUACGUGUGCGUGUGUGAAGUCGAGCUGCGAGCAGAUCCACGCGAGGCGACACAUCCACGACACUGAGCAGCCAGGGGGGAAAAGCGGCCACCAUGACGACGACAAGCCCCAAACCGCGCGGCAUAGUCCGGGAAGCCACCCACCAGAUUAUCGCAGGAGGAUCCGCAGGUCUGGUGGAGAUCUGCUUGAUGCAUCCUCUGGACGUUGUGAAGACAAGGUUCCAGAUUCAGAGGGGCACCAGCGACCCCACCAGCUACAAGAGUCUGGGCGACUGCUUCCGUACCAUUUUCCGCAACGAAGGAAUCUUUGGCUUCUACAAGGGAAUUUUGCCUCCCAUCCUGGCUGAGACGCCCAAGAGGGCGGUCAAGUUUUUUACCUUCGAGCAGUACAAGAAGCUGCUGAAUUUGACCCCUUUGUCUCCAGGCCUGGCACUGUCGGCCGCGGGACUCGGCGCGGGUUUGACCGAGGCGGUCGUGGUCAAUCCGUUCGAGGUGGUCAAAGUCAGCCUCCAGGCCAACAGAGACGCCUUCAAACAGCAACCGUCCUCGUUCGCUCAGGCCAGACGCAUCAUCAAGACCGACGGCUUCGGACUGAAGGGUCUGAACAAAGGACUGACGUCCACUCUGGGACGCCAUGGAGUCUUCAACAUGAUCUACUUUGGCUUCUACUUCAAUGUCAAGGAUGCCAUCCCCGCCAACCCGGACCCGACCUUGGAAUUCCUGAGGAAGUUCGCUAUCGGCCUGGCGUCCGGAACCAUCUCCUCCUGCGUCAACAUCCCCUGGGACGUGGCCAAGAGUCGCAUCCAGGGCCCGCAGCCGGUCCCAGGCCAGAUCAAGUACCGCACCUGCUUCCAGACCAUGGCGCUGGUUUACCGCGAGGAAGGGUACUUGGCGCUCUACAAGGGCUUGGUGCCAAAGAUCAUGAGACUUGGGCCAGGCGGCGCUGUGAUGCUGCUGGUGUACGAGUACGUGUCGGGAUGGCUGCAGAGGAACUGGUAAAAGACGCGCACGUCAACGUCCGAAAGCAAGUGCCUUUUGGGUUGGAUGACCCGAAUACCUCGAACGGAAAGGUAUCUUUCUUUUUAUGAAGCAUUUUCAACAUGAGUCCAAAUGCAAUAACACGCACGCAGUUUUUCAGUUCCACUUGCCUUUGUCUUUUUUUUUUUUUUGUUGUUUUUGUUUUCCUGAAUCGAUAAGUGCUUAAAGCGCUAUUUUGGAAGGAUUUUCUUCAAAGGUCCUGUGAAGCUUUAUUUCAAAUAGUCAAGAGAACCUUGACGUGUCUGUGUAACAUCUGCAAAUUGCCGUAGUAUGUAUACAGUAUGUCAUUAUCGAUAUUUUUGCAAUGUGAAUCAGCCAGUGUUCAGACAUGCAGUUGGGACCCACUUAAAAAAAAAAAAAAAAAAAAGCUCGAUGAAGUGCCUUUUGAAGUCAACUCUUGAACUCUGCAGUCUGUAUGUACACGUCUUUGUAACUCUGUCAACGUAUAUUUAUCGACACACAUACUGUAUAGAGAGCACAGUAACUUUUAGCUGUUGUAUUACUGAUUUUUUUUUCCAAAUGUUCCAAAUAUGAAUUUGUAGGAAUUGUCCUUUUUUUUUUUUUUCUUUUAAUAAAAGUGACGUGUUGCUGCAUCCAUUUCCAAAGAAUUGAAAACCAAACC